GGGAACAAGAAAUAGAUCUCCCCCACUCACCAAUUCAUCAUGGAGAUAUUGAGCUCUCAGAAACGAAUGCUUGAACACAUGAUGAAGGUGGCAAGCUCAAUGAACAUUUCACUUCUCAUACUAAAAAACAACUUGAAGAAUACACACUGAACCAUGUGAAGCUGCAUACUCAGAUUCCUGAUCAUCCCCCUUAUUCAUUUGUACUUGUCUUUAUUAUCAUCAUUUUUCUAUAAAAUGAAUUCUCUUUACCAUAUCUUGUCCAUUUCAAUGUGUAGAUGAAACAAAGGGCAAUCGAGGAGUUGAAUCAAACUAAAGGAUCAAAAACUUUGUGAUAUAGGUGAAAUUGUUAUUACUAAUGAUGUCGACUAUGCGUUUGAGCAAGGUGAUUCUUCUUUAUAAACAAGGAUCAAGGUAGGAAACAAAUUAAUUGUUAUGUUAUGAUUAAUUUUUUUCUUGUUCUAAUUUGUUCAUCAGCUAUGCAACAUUCCCUGAGUUGUGCAUAUGAUAUUUUUAUUGACAUUAGGGUAUUAGCCAGGAUUUACUUGUUUUCUAGAAGAUUUAGGCAACAGAAGAGUUAGUAGAGUCCUGGGGAUUUGAUGAAUUAUAUUGAACCCAAUACCCAAUUCCAUUAUGCACAGUAUUAAGCUUAAUUAGGUGUAGAUACAUGGCUUUAUGUUUAUGUUCAUGUUUUCCCCUUUCCUAGUGCAGGGUUUCAACUGGUCAUAUCUUGUGUUUUUUUUAUUUUUUUUAUUUUUUUAUUUUUUAACACACAUCUCCAUUUGGGAUCAUGAUUUGAGUUAUAAAUGUGAAUUGGGGCUUUUGGGGGGAUCUCUUUGUGUGGCGGAUAACAUAUGGAUCAUGAGAAAAUAAGAUGAGGUGAUAAAGACAACAAAAUCUUGGAUUAAAUUCAUCAGAAUCUCAAGAAGCUGGGAAAUAAGAAUCCAUAGUGCAGUGAGUCCCAUGUGUUUCACUGAAAAUGGUCAAGUCUUGACAAAUGAAUAUGGCACUCGGUUUUAUAUAUGCAAUUCCAUAUGUAGAGAGCUUGGUGUCAACUUACUUAGUGCAACUUAUUGUUUUGAAUUGGAAAAAUAGGCAUUUUAUUUAUUUUGCUGCUCUUAGUUACAUGACAAUGUUGUAUGCUGAGCUUCUUCAAUGAACUUCUUCCAAGUAUUUUGUAUUCAUGAAUUUUACUUGUUAAAUUGUAGAACAGAAUUCCUCUUUUUUUUUUUUUUUUUCUUUUGAAUGCUUCAUUUUCAAAUAAAUAUAACUAGGACAUGAAAGCCACUUAUUUAACUACUAGUGGCAACUCUAAACAUAUUACAUUACUGGAAACAAGUGUACUUAGCUUAGUUUACAGAUGCAGAGAGGUGACAACAUCAUCAGAAUCCGAACAACCCUCGGGUUUGAUCGAAGAAACUUCUGAAUUAGGCAUCUUUAUGGGCAAAAGACUCAUCAAAACUGGUGUGUUCAUACUGUCCAUGGACGACUGCUUGCUUUGUGAAUCAGAAUCAGACCAGAGG